GUAGGCUGUAUUACUCAUAAUAGUUGGUAGAUUUGCGGCGCAAUAAAGAAUAAGUAACAAAGUGAACGAGGUACGAACUACAGCUAUGAAAUACUGAUGAUAUAACACAGACCACAGUACACUGCACUGGGCCAGUACACAGUACGUUCUACACAGUGUACACGUCUACGGCAACUAAAACACUGCGUAGUGCACCACCAUCAAGUGGACCGACAAAACCGGAAACACGACAAUAGUGACGAGUGUCGACAAAAUGAUUGCACAUAUCUGUUGAUCGGCCGGAAUUUUUUUUCACCGUCUGUACCUAAUAUCUAUAAUACUAAAUAUUGUAUUAAAGGAAGUCCAGUCCAUCGUCGUCCGCGGACAUCACUUUUGUAAACGGCCGAACGUAUUUUUUGUUUAGGCUGGGAAAAACGCAUUGCCAUGGCCACCAGGAAAAAGGUCCUUCUAAAAGUGAUAAUCUUGGGAGACUCGAGUGUUGGCAAGACGUCGCUGAUGAACCAGUAUGUCAACAAGAAAUUCACUAAUCAGUACAAAGCUACGAUCGGUGCCGAUUUCCUAACCAAAGAAGUGAUGGUUGACGACAGAAUCGUCACUAUGCAAAUUUGGGACACAGCCGGUCAGGAACGGUUCCAAUCGUUAGGAGUUGCAUUUUACCGUGGUGCCGAUUGUUGUGUGUUAGUAUUCGACGUCACAGCUCCGGGAUCGUUUAAGUCGUUAGAUGGUUGGCGAGAUGAAUUUUUAAUACAAGCAUCGCCUUCAGAUCCUGACCAUUUCCCGUUUGUCGUUCUUGGCAACAAAGUCGAUUUAGAGAAUAGAGCUGUAUCCUCAAAAAGAGCUCAACAGUGGUGUCAGAGUAAGAAUGGUUUACCGUAUUUCGAGACUUCAGCGAAAGAAGCAAUCAAUGUUGAACAAGCAUUUAAAACGAUAGCACGAAAUGCUUUAGCCCAAGAGACGGAUAUAGAGAUGUAUAAUGAUUUUCCAGAUCAAAUAAAACUGGGCAGUGGCGCUACAGAUAACAGAUCGUCUGGCGGGGAUAAUUGUACUUGCUAGUAGUAGUUAAAUUGCUGGAACUUUGCUGUCUAUUUUGAUCAUCAUUCUCUUCAGCUGGAGAAAUAGUGAGAGUCAAAAUAUUAAUCACUUUGAUCAUAUGAAAACAAAUAUAUACCACAUGUAUAUUUAUAUAUAUUUAAAUUAAUUAAUGAAAAAAGAACAUAAAAUCAUCGAGAUAGAUAUUUAUUAUUAAGUUAUAAAUAUAAAUAUAUAUUUUAUUAUUUUUGUUUCUACUUAUAUGCCGUUUAUUACCUACCCUAAUAUUAUCAUUUUUUCUGUCUUACAUUUAUAUUCGAAAGCAAUCUAAAGUAUUUUGUUGUAG